CCCGGCGGUGUGUCACGGUAUUGUCUUGCCAUUACCACUUAACUGAAAAUGGCUCUGGUUAAAAAAAUCUGCACUGAUAAAAAAAACAACAUUCCCUGGGUCUUGUGGCUGUCGCCCGACGAAGUUCCCGACCCAUGCAUGCCCCAGGUAGUAGCGUUUGACUUUCUAGUCAACAUUGGGGGAAGACAUUGCCGAUGGAUGAACCUAUACGAGCGAAUAGCCCAGGAGUUUGCCGGAAGAAUCCUCUUUGGGCUGAGGGACAUUUCCAAUAUUCAGGAAUUUAACUCCAACCUGAACCCCAAAGAUUUUCGGAGUUUCAGGCUCCACUUUCCCCCACUGAUCUUUGCCAAAGAUCGAGAGAAGCGUGUCUACGAAAUGCACAAGCUCUUUACCUAUAAAAAUAUGAAGGAUUUUUGUGAUCAAUUGCUGCGGGAAAAGCUGUUUCAAGCUGUAGUCCUGGGCGGAACAGUCGGAGAGGAUUCGCCGCCGAGAAACUUCUUUGACUUGCAAGAUGAGUGGAGCGAAGACAUCUUUGUCGUGUUCUAUGAGCCAGGUACUGAGUGUUGGACCAUCCAGGAACGUAUACUCCGCAAGCUGGUCCGCCUGCUGGAUAAGGACGAUCUUAUGCCUGUGGUGGUGGAUACGACGAAAAGCUUCAUAGGCGUUGGCUUCCAUCGCUGGUUAAAUAUGGUAAAAUGUCACGGAACCAGCAUCAUAUUCCGACCUGAGGGGGAUGGCUGGGAUAUAAAUAUUCAGUCAAGACUGGAGACUACUCGCUUAUACCUGCAAUACAUAGCCCAGAAUCGAAGGGUCGAGCUAAAAAACUUUGAUGCCAAUGGAGAGCCACGGGGACCAGAAGAGGCACUAGAGUUCAUAAGGUAUAUUUUUAUGGUAAACUAA